AUGCACACAGAUCCAGAUCCUCAGAACUGUUGUAAGGAGACAAGAGAAAAUUUCCGGAAGACUCCACAACCCAGGCCGCAGCCGCUGGUCCUGGUGCUGCUGAAGUCCCAGUUCCGCAAGCUCUCUCUGCGUCCGCAGGCGGGUACGUGUGCGUCACUGCGCUUUACGUCAAGUCGUGACGCUAAGAGAUGGGAUUUGAAGCUUCCGGGAUUCUCUGUGAAACGGGAAGUGGGAACCCUCAGUCCGCAGCGGGACUUCCGGCAGUAUGAGAGCUGUGUAGGGGGAACGGCAUGCAGGGAUUCUAGCAACCGCCAUUGCUCUCUCAGCCUGCGGCUCACUGACAGCUGGGGGCCCGGUAAUCACUUUCCCUCAGACAGAAUGUGGCUCCUCCUCCUGUUGCCCCUUUGGGGCGGAUGUGCCGAGCCAGGCGACAGUGAGUGGGUGAAUCUGCCCAGCAAGUGUGAAGUGUGUAAGUACGUGGCGCUGGAGCUGAAAUCUUCCUUCGAUGAGACGUCUCGUACCCGGGAGCUGAUCGACACUCGCUACGGGUUCCUGGAGGACGACAAGAAGGCAAAGAAGAUUAAAUACACCAACUCGGAUAUCCGCCUGAUUGAAGUCACCGAGGGUCUCUGCUCCCGACUCCUGGAAUACAAUCUGCACAAGGAACGGAGCGGCAGCAACCGCUUUGCCAAGGGGAUGUCGGAGACAUUUCAAACUCUGCACCAUUUGGUCCAUAAAGGGGUGAAGGUUGUGAUGGAUAUUCCCUACGAGCUGUGGAACGAGACCUCCGCUGAGGUGGCCGACAUGAAGAAGCAGUGUGAUGUAAUGAUGGAAACCUACGAGGAUGUGAUAGAGGAUUGGUACCGGCACCACCAGGAGGCGGAUCUGACAGAGUUCUUGUGUGCGAGGCACGUGCUGCGGGGCCAGGACCAGAGCUGCCUGGAGGAGCACUGGGACAGCAGGAAAGGAGACACGGGGCCUUCGACUGGGACAAAAAAGCAGAAAAAACAAGGAGAGAAGAAAAAUAAAAGCAAGAAAGAGAAUUCUGGCCCCGAGGAAGAGAGGAGGCAAAUGGAACAGCCAACAGCAGCUAAAGAGGAGCUAUAGCCCCAGGGGCAAUCCCUGCUACCCCACCCCUGUAUAUACCCCCCUUAUGCCCUGUGGGUACCAGUGAGGGGUUGGGGGGUGGGGGCAGCUCAGGGUGGGCUCAGGCUCAAUAACGUCCCUUUAUUGGACUGUUACCUGCUGUGUUACUGUGUAUUGGGGAGGGGGAAUCCCACCCACAGCCUGUGAUGUGCCCCCCCGGCUACCCCACCCGAAACCAACUGUAUGAUUGUGCCCCCCGUCUACCCCCCCCAAACUGACUGUGCCCCCCGCUACCCCCCCAAACUGACUGUAUGAUCGUGCCCCCCGGCUACCCCACCCCAAACCGACUGAUUGUGCCCUCCCCUAUCCUUUAGCGCUUAUGCAGCCUCUCCCAUGGCUCCGGGCCCCCCGCUCUCUCCCAGUAAGGCGCCUCCGGGCCCCCCGCUCUCUUCCAAUCUGAGCCAUAAAUACUCUGUACAAGAGGCUCCUGACCCAGUUGGCGCUGGUAUGACUGAGGGAGGGUCCAAGGACGGGAGCUCUGAGACCGUUCUUAGUGCUGAGAGUGCUGCCAAUGAUUAGACAGACCCUAUAGGGAUCUGCUGUACAGACAGCACUUUCUUUAUUUGUCCUGAACAAUAAAUGUUUAAAUCAGUCUCUGUAA